CUGUAUUCGAUUGUAUUUUCGUCGCAUUGAAGACCGAGUGUUGUCGGCAAUCGAUCCAGCAUACAGCUCAAACUGUUACUUUGAAGAUUAGGGCGUAUAUCGAGCUCGAUGAAAAUGUGAAUUCCUGGCUCCUUAAACGUAUACUUUCCCAAGCAUGGAUCUUUACAACGUAUGUGAUAACUUGGCGAUCGAAAGAACAAAGAUUUCUCCAGAGAUCUAAAGCCUUCUUUUCCAAUAAUUUUAUGAUUUGGCUCUAAUACUACAGUUGGAUACGUGCUGCCCUUGCAGCUCGUGCAUUUCGUCGUAUUUUUUUAUACUUGGUUCCGUGGCCAAGGUUUUUCUUACAACAUUUGCGAUGUUGUCGAGAGCAUCAAUUCUGUAUGAUACAACCCCGAGAUCUGUUUGCACUUGGGGUUCACAAGCAUAAUAACUUUGGAGUAUUUACAGUCCUCAAAGGGAUUAAUAAAAAGCAAUGUAAACAUUCCAUCAUAGACGUAUAAAGAUAAAGAUGUGCUACAUACGGCUGCGCAUCUGACUGCGCAGAUGACGCCACCGUUUCACGGAGUCGGGAGUGCACAUAAGUUUUUUAUUUUUUUUUCAAGACAGAUAAACCAACAAACGUUUUAAUUAGUUUAUCUGUGACCAACAAACGAUUGCGCAUCGAUUAAGCCGCAAAUGGUAAAAAAAUAAGUUUCGUCCGGCUAACUUUCCACACAAUUUUCUUUUAUUUAAAAAAAAAAAGUAUUAGCCAACAAACCUUUUAAUUAGGCCAACAAUUACCAACAAACGACCAACAAACGAUUCGUAAAGUCAAAAAUUAAAAAAGUAAAAGUUACCCGGCUAACUUCCCGGAGGUCUUUAUUCAAUAUUCAGUGAGCAAUAAAGACAGAAUCACUUCAAUCACUUCAAUGUCCACGUUUGAGGCGUUACAGUUAAAACGCGAGCGUGACCGCUCUCAGGCUUCUCUCUGGCCCCAGUGUAUCAUUUUAUCCUUGUUGUUCAGCGAAUGAAUAAGGAUAAAAUGAUACACUGGGGCACUCGGGUGAUGUUUCCGAACGCAGCCCUGUGUGAAAGGGUCAUUACAUUUCCAAAAGUAGGAAAACGCGCCUUUGAUGUAGCGCACCACUGCGCGCGAUGACAUGUAGCAGGACGAACAGCUGAUUGUCGCGCUUCGACAUUGGUACGGCGGGGAUCGAAGUACGAGCGCGGUCGUACGACAUUUUCCACUUAUCGAAUCACAAAUCGCCGGAUUAUCAUGGCAUAACCACCGUCGUUCGUCGAUAGUUCGCGCAUGAAAGGUGCAUAAAGCGAGCUUGUUGAGUCGCGUAGACUAUGCUGGCUCUCACGCUCGCGUACUCGUCUGCGUGUUAACGUUCUACUCCGCUAAGAUUUUCUGUUUCACGAGCGCAGAGUUGGUUGCUCCGCAGAAUUAUGGCCAGUCCGCUCGGCAGCACCGCCAAUGGAUAUAAUUUCAAAGUGGUUUUACUCGGUGAGGGAUGCGUUGGCAAGACCUCGGUUGCGCUCCGAUACGUCGAGGACAAGUUCAACGACAAGCAUAUCACCACGCUGCAGGCAUCCUUUUUGAAUAAGAAAUUAAAUAUCAAUGGCAAAAGAGUAAACCUGGCAAUAUGGGAUACAGCUGGACAAGAAAAAUUUCACGCAUUAGGACCAAUCUAUUACAGAAUGUCCAACGGUGCCAUUCUUGUUUAUGAUAUUACGGAUGAAGAUACCUUCCAAAAAGUAAAAAAUUGGGUGAAGGAGCUUAAGAAGAUGUUAGGUAGCGAAAUCUGCUUAGUUAUAGCGGGUAAUAAAGUGGACCUAGAGAAGGACAGAAACGUUGCCAUAGAGGAAGCAGAGGAGUAUGCCAAACAAGUGGACGCCAUGCAUUUUCACACGUCAGCCAAAUUGAACCAAAAUAUAGAAGAGAUGUUUUUAAAUCUCACGCGACGCAUGAUGCAACGCGCCGACGAGGCCGAGCAGAAGUCUACUCUCACCCGAACCAAUAGCACGCGUCGCAAUGUCGUAAUGGUCGAAGAUGAGACGCAACAUACGCAACCCAGUAGAAGUUCUUGCUGUGGCAGUAGUAGCGGCAGCGGCGGCGGCGGUGGCGGCGGCGGAGGUGGUAGUGGUGACUCUCCAUAAAUUUUCGAAAUCGAUUUGUAUUCAAUAUCAAAAUAAGAAAAUCUCUAAUCUUCGAUAAGUCAUGAGUUAUGUACAGGACUUUUCAACUAACAAAUCAGUAUCUUCAAUAGUGCAUUCUGAAAAUACUGAUUUGUCAUUGUGUGUGUGUAUGUAUGUUGUGUGUCUGUGUGUGUACGAACAUUACACAUGUGAAUGCGUGCAUGUGUAUCCCAAUAUAUGUAAUCUUUGCUUUAAAGAAUCGCAGCAAGCUAAUUGGCCACUAAACGUUAGCUAAUAACGCUGAAUAAAGACGAUACGGCACUGUGAGACAAGGAAUUAUCUUUCAGGGAGACUAGGAAACCACUCGACUUUUGGUUUUUACGUUAAAGAUGAUAGUUUAAAAAAUGAUGUACAUAUUAAGUGCUGAUAUUUUUAUUAUACAACAUACUAGGAUUUAGAGUGUUCGGUAAGUAAUUCGCAAUACCUUCAGUUCUGCAAAAUUAUACGAUUAGUAAUAUAAGAAUUAUUGUGUAAAAUUUAAAUUAUUGUUAUUGUAAGUUAUUUCACAAAUAUAAAAUGGUAAAGUUGUAAUAUCGUUACGAGGAAAUGUUUUCCAAUUUUCCUGAAUUGUCUGAAUCCUAUCGUCGCGUUUAGAAAUCAAAUCUAGGUUCUACUUGUGGAGAUUGUAUACAAGAUUGAAAAUGUCUACCUACCUACAAAGUGGGUUUUCCAGCAAGUUACACAGAUGACACUGUGUCCAAUAUGGAAUGUUCCAACUGUGACACUGUGUCACACUGCUCGACACAGUAAAAAGCUAAGUACAAGCGUGUAAAAUGUCCCAGCGUUACCAAUAUUUUAAGAAAUCUUAUAUUUAAAUGGUGAUUUCCAAAAUUUGUACAA